AACUGAAUAUACACAUUUUAUGGAUAAAACAAACCUCGAAAAAUUUUUGAGUAAAUUACGGUAAAUUUAGUUAUUAAGAUUAAGAAGUAAAACCUAAUAAAAUGCAGUAAUUUUUUCCGUUUACUGCCACGGUUUCCUCUCUCUUCUUGAUCUCCAACCCCUCAAUAGUUGCACCAGACGCAGAUUUCCAACACGUUGCCCUACCCUCCUCCCUGAAAGAGAUUAUGGAAGGCAAAAUAGGGUUUUUAUUUCUGAUUUUGUUGGGUGCUGUUUGGGCUUGUGAUGCAAGAGAGUUUGCAAAUCCUGAAUUAAACAGAAAACCAGAUGCGUGUUCAAUUUGUGAGGAAUAUACUACUGAGAUUCUUGAUUAUCUAAAGGAUAACAAGACUCAGGCAAAGAUCAUUGAUGACCUUCAUAAUACUUGCCAUCAGCUUCCGGCUUUCAGCGAGCAGUGCUUUGAAUUGGUGGACCAUCAUGUUCAACUUUUCUUCUCAAAAAUAGCUCGAAUGAUGCCUGCAGAACUCUGUGAAAAGUACCACCUUUGUGAGUCUGCAACGAUUUCUUCACAGGUUCAUGGAAAUAGUUGUGGCUUUUGUAAAGAUACUGUUGCAGAAUUAUUAGUUGAGUUGAAUGAUCCUGAAACUAAGCUAGAGAUAAUUCAGAAACUACUGAAGGCAUGCAACAAUAUGGAGAAGUAUAAGAAGGAGUGCAAGAGGAUGGUUUUCGAGUAUGGACCAUUGAUUCUAGUCAAUGCAGAGAAGUACCUGAAGAAAGCAGAUAUAUGCACUACACUACAUGCCUGCCCUUCUUCCACUAUUGUUAGCCAGGAAGCUACAGUCACAGAAGAAACAGCAUUGUUUUCUGACUCUUAAACAUGGAAAACUACAUAGUGCAAAAGGCUUUAAUUUUUAAUGCUACUAGUACUAUAUAUGUACAUUAAAAAUCCAUGUGAUUGAACCUGAAUGUGCCCUUUUGCUGAAAAAUAUUUACUCUCACUGAUUGUCUAAGAUUGUAAUUCUGGAAUGCCAACUUGAUACUCUAUAUAUUUGUUCAAUUGUGAGAGUAUGGAAAUUGUUUCUAGUUUGAAA